UUUCACCAGUGCUAAAUCCCUUGAUCUACAGCAUAAGGAAUCAAGAGGUGACUGAUGCAGUAAGAAGACUAAUGGGCGGGCAGCCCCGUGCCAUCCGCAGGUUCAGUGCCGUGAGGACAUGGAGGGUACAAAUCAGACUGGGACAAUUCACUUCCACUUCCGCCCCUUCUCCAAACUCCCCGAGGUGCAGAUGCUGAUUUUCGUGGCCUUCCUCAUCAUGUACCUGCUCAGCGUUGGCGGCAACGGCUCCAUUUCUCUCAUCAUCUGGAUCAGCCAUUCUCUGCACACCCCCAUGUACUUCUUCCUGGCCAGCUUGGCAGCUCUGGAGAUCUGCUACUCCUCCACCAUUGCCCCUCUGACUCUGGCCAGUGUCCUGUCCGUGGAGAGAGCGCUCAUCUCCCUGGCUGGAUGCGGUGCCCAGAUGUUCUUCUUCAUCUUCCUGGGCAGCGCUGACUGUAUUCUACUGGCCGUCAUGGCCUAUGACAGGUUUGUGGCCAUCUGUCACCCUUUGCGUUACACCCUCAUGAUGAGCUGGCGGUUGUGCAUCCAGCUGGCCCUGGGGUCUCUGGUGCUGGGGUUGACCUUGGCCAUGCAGCUGACUUUUCUCAUCUUCCAACUCCCCUUCUGCCGCAGCAAAGAAAUCAGCCUGUUCUAUUGCGAUGUCCUCCCUGUAUUGAGACUGGCCUGUGCAGACACCUGGGUCCACGAGACCACUCUGUUUGUAGUCAGCCUCACCGUCCUCACCAUCCCCUUCCUGCUUAUCGCCCUCUCCUACGUCUUCAUCAUGGCCGCCAUCCUGAAGAUCCGCUCCGCAAAUGGGAGGCACAAGGCCUUCUCCACCUGCUCCUCCCACCUGACUGUGGUCCUGCUCCAGUACGGGUGUGGAAGCCUCAUCUACUUGUGCCCCAGCUCCAGGUACUCUCCAGAGAGGGACCAGGUGGUGUCUGUGGUUUACACAUUCAUCACCCCUGUGCUGAACCCCUUGAUCUACAGCAUGAGAAACAGAGAGCUUAAGGAUGCUUUGAAGAGAACAAUGAUGAGGUUCCUGCUAUCCUAAAUGCAGUGAACGCUCUGGACAACAUCGCGGGGAAGGAACCAGUGAGAAUGCCUUCUGAAAGACAAGGAGAUGUGGGCUAAGAGGUCACUUGUUUUAUACUGUUACUUCUUCCUGGUUAUAUUAUUUUUGAAAAGUCAUUUUUCUUUUCUCAGUCUUGGAUCUUUCAUUUCUAAAAUGAAGAUUAAAAUGCCCACCAGACAUAAAUUCUGGGGUAGUUUUGGAUGUAUCGAGAUACAUUAAGUGAAAACAGUUAGUGACUUUUAAAGGGAGAUACAGGGCACCUGGGUGGCUCAGUUGGUUAAGCAUCCGACUUCGGCUCAGGUCAUGAUCUCAUGGUU